GACUUUCGAUGCUUCCUUCGUGACCAUGGGGCCUCGUCAUUGCUGGGAGCUUUCGAUCGUGCUCUUCCCGAUCGACCGAUCGACUUCCACACGUUAUGGACUUCAAUGUUUCAUCGAGGAGGAGCAGGAGUAUCGCAGCAGUUUGCUUCGGAUUGCUCCUCCUCGGUGCCUUGAUAUGCUUCUGGAGCUACCCGAAUUUCCUGAUCAUGAGGAACUUCCGAGUGGUGGGGAUUGCCAGUGAUUCCAAGCAGCAGGAGCAGCAAACUCGGAUCGAAUCCAUCGCCAGGAGCAGCAACUUUAGCGUGGAAGAGCUCUGGAACCUGGACCAGGUUUUGCGCAAUGCAACGAUCAAGAACACCAGUACAGUGAUCCUCACACCUUUGAAUCAAGCGUGGGCUGCUCCAGGCAGCAUGCUAGACUACCUCUUCGAGAGCUUUCGAUCGGGCGAGAACACGAGCAAGUUCCUAGACAGUUUGGUCAUCGUUGCCUUGGAUCAAGUCGCUUUCGAGCGGUGCCUGGUGAUCCAUCGCCACUGCUUCCAGCUGCGCACUCAAGGAGUGGAUUUCUCCGGCGAGAAGUUCUUCAUGACGGAUGACUACCUCAAGAUGACCCGGAGGAAGGUUUCUUUCCUGGCCGUGGUGCUCGAGCUUGGAUACAGCCUCGUUUUCACGGAUGGAGAUCUCCUCUGGUUCCGAGACCCCUUUCCACACUUCUCCCAAGAAGCCGAGUUUGAGGUCUCGUGCGAUCGAUUCAAUGGCGACGAGGCCAGCCUCCACAACGGUCCCAACACGGGCUUCCUUCACGUAAAGUCGAGCAAUCGCACCGUGGAGAUGUUUAAGCUCUGGCACAACGCUACCGAGAUCCACGCGGAGUCCCAUGACCAGGACGUUUUCAACCAGAUCAAGUUCAGCGACGAGUUCCAGAGGAUUGGAGCGCGAAUAAGGUUCUUGCCAUCGAGGAUCUUUAGCUCCUUCUGCGAGAGGCCGGAUGAUCUCGAGAGCUUUUGCACGAUGCAUGCCAAUUGCUGCGUGGGGCUCCACGCAAAGAUGGAGGAUCUCCGGCUUGUGCUGGACGAUUGGAAGCGUUUCGAAGCUCAAACCUUGGGAGAAAGAAGAUCUGAUCAAUCGAGGGUCUGGUUUCGAGCUCCAGAUGCUUGCAAGCGGUCUUGGUGAUCGAACAAAUUGGUUUUCUCGAGAUUGUUUUGUAUAUUUGACAAGGUUUGCUGCACAAAUUGUUGAAAAUGUACGCUAGAAAGAAUAAUACUACGUUUUCAAAGUGUAUGCUA